GCCCCUUUCCCUUGGAGGAGGAGGACAGGAAUAAGGGUGGCAAUGGGGGAGUGGGAGCUCCAGCUGGAGCUCACGAUCCUCGCUCCGCCCCCAAGCCCCGGAGCGUAGUCUCUGCCAGCAGGACUCAGGACCCUGGGUGGAAGGUGCCAUUGGCCUAAAAAGGGGAGACUUUUCUGUCUCCCCCCUCUCCCCGCCUACCCCCACCUCCUCUAUGGCUGGUGGAGCCUUCCGUUGCCAUGGCUCCGCCUACAACAAACUAGGGCCGGCCGGCAACUUGUGAGCGUGGGCCAGUCACGGGCACAGCUGUCACACGUGGCCUUCAGCUCGGCUCCCUUGCAAGGAUCCUCAGGUGCUGUGCCAGUUUAUUUCUGCCUUACCAACACAGAAGGUACUGGAUUAUUCCCAGAGGAACAGAUGGCUGAUUUCCGUUUUCAGAACAAAGAUGAGUUAACAGAAACCAUUUCAAAUCUGGAAGAAUUCAAGAGAGAUGGAUUUGGUGAGUUAAAGAGUAAAAAUGAAAGAAAGAUUCACCAGAAGGUUGACAAGAAUGCCUCCUUUGACUUUGGAUGGAAAUAUAAGAAAAAGAGGGUACCAAGCCACAGGAAGAAAAAAAUGACUUACAAAGACAGAGUUCGCACAUUGCGCCUGCGAAGAAAUAUAAGCAACUUGGAUAAAAUACAUGAUGAAAAGAAAUUCUUUCUUAUGAAAACCAAGGAGGAUCUAGAUGCGUGUUUGCAGCGGAUAGAGUCAAUUCAGAAACAGAAAGCCCAAGUGGAGGCUGAAAUACAGAUGGAGAAAGAGGCCCACAACAGUGCAGCUGUGUUUCGUCUACAAGCCAUGUACCAACGUCUGUGCACUGAACAGGAGCAUGAGAAAGACCUGGAGAUGAAGAUUUCUUCGAUUCUAAAAGAAAACGAGGAAAACAUGUGGCACAUUGAAAUCGAAGAAGGGAAAUUCAGAGCUCUCCGGGAGAAUCUUAAACUAGAAGAAGAAAAAUUAGCACAAUUUCUCCAAAGUCAGGCAGAAGAGCGGCUUAUUCAGGCAAAGAUGGCAUCUCUCAGGAUAGAACGCGCUAAAAACUUCCAGCUCCAGAAAGCAAUGGAAAGAGAAAAGAACUAUGAACUCCAUCGUCAAAAAGUGAUCUCCGAUGCCAAGAAGAAUCAUAAGAUCGCAGUCCAGUUCCUAAAAACGACCUUGGCAAAGGUUCGCAAUAAAAAAGUGCAGGAGGAAAAACUAUCACAAGAACACAUGAAGAGAAGAAUGGAUGCUGUGAUAUCCCUGAAGAACAACAUCACUUUGAGUCAGGACAGUAUCCAGAAACUUAGAGCCUGGGACAAUGCCAGAAAUCACUUGAUCAUGAAGAAGGAUGAAGCUGAAAAGGAUAUCAUAGCAGCCCUGGGAGGGGAUGCUCUCAAGCAGACUUUACAUGACAAGCAAAAUAUGGAGCUAGAAAUCCGAAGACGGCUCUUUGAAGAAGAUCAAAAAUUAAGAAAAUGUGAAAUUGUGGCUCGACUUCUGAAGGAAGAGGCUUAUGAUGAAAAAAUGAAACAGAGACAGUUGGACCUGGAAAAUGGGAAGCGAUGGAUCAUUAAAGCCAAGAAGCUCCCCAGCCUCAAGGAAAGAAAUUGGAACAAUUUAAUGAAGAUCUGUAAAGAACCAUUCCCAGUUCUUCACCAUGAGAAGGAAAAUAAGAGAGAUUCUAACACACCUGAACAUAAUCGUUCCUUGAGCAUCACCUCCAAUGAGUAUGACAGUUUGAAUAAUAAUUAUGAUGAGGAAAUACUGACAGAGCCAGAAAUUUUAGGGCUUUGGGCUGAAAAGUAUAAGCCCUAUAAGCUGCCAAAAGAUGAGGUGGAACGCAAGCCUGUGGGUGGGUCAAAGAUGGAACAAGACAUCUUAGCCAACACACUGGAGAAACUCCGGAGCAGUAUCAUCCACAAACAAGUAGUAUCUGGACGUGAAUUUAAGGGCUGCCCCUUUUAUAGCAAGCCUGAUCUUAUUCACUUCAAGGAUUUUGAUGUUGGUAAAACAUAUAAAAAAAAGAUGACAUUAAUCAACGCAUCUUUCACUAUUAACUACUGCAAGCUGGUGGGAGUCGAGGAUCAUCUCAAGGAUUUCAUUACUAUCCUCUUUGAUCCUCCAGGUCCGAUGUCAGCUGGAAUUUCAUGUGAGGUUGUCAUCAUCUUUAAGCCGAUGAUAAAUAAAGAUCUUCGAGGCAACAUCACAUUUUUGGCUCAAUCAGGUUCAUUUUCUAUCCCACUGAAAUGUACAACAAAGAAAUGUGUUCUGUCCCUGGAUAAGGAACUCAUUGACUUUGGCUCGUAUGUGGUAGGAGAGAGUGUUUCACGGACCAUCACCCUGGAAAACCACGGAGCCCUGGGUACAAAAUUUCAGAUUCACACAAAUGUUGAUAAAUGUGAUUUGGAUAUCAGAUCCUCCAACAUAACAGAAAGCACUUUAUAUUCAAUGGAUGAUAGAAUUAUGGAAGAGAAAAUGAUCCCCAGCUUCCUGGAUAAUACCCAAAGUGAGACCUAUUGUCCUCCCUCCCUAGAUAUCAUUCCAAGUGCAAGCCCUAAAGCCUCCGAGAACCUCUCUGAAGAACCAAAACAAGAACAAAACAUCAGUACAAUCAACGAGCAUGCAUAUGAAGGAACAGACAUUAACUAUGAAGACCAAACAGAAAUCAAACUGGGAGAGAUAACAACCAGUGAAAUUGAGCCCUUCGGCUCUGUCAAAAUUCCCAUAAUCUUCACCCCAGUAAUCCCAGGAUCUUCAGAAGCCAGGUUUCAACUCACGUUCAAGAACCCCGAUUGCCCUCCGUUAUGUUUCACAGCCGUUGGGGUUGCUAUUAUUGUCCCUGUCUGGGUUCCAAAACCAAAUGUGGAUCUGAAGAUCUGCAUGUAUGAUCGAUUGUAUCAAGAUGCUGUCAUCAUUCAAACCAGAUCCAAAGCUGCUUUGCGGCUGAAGUUUGAAGUGUGCCCAGAACUGCAGAAACACAUCGAACUCCUCCCAGAAACAGGUUACAUCCAAGCUCAGUCUUCCUUCAGUGUCCAGCUCAAGUUCUUGCCCAAACUCUCUCUUCCAGAAGAUGCAGGAGAGUAUUUUGACCCAGAGACUAGAGUCCUGGAAGCCCCCAUGACAAUAAGAGUCGCUGAUCAGAAAAGGCCUGUGAAAUUCACCGUCCAUGCCAUCGUCACAACAUCGGAUUUGGAAAUUGAACCCAAAGAACUGAAUUUUGGAUACGUCACUAUCUAUGAAGCAGUUUAUACCACCAUUACUCUCACGAAUAAAUCUCUCCUCCCUCAAGAGUUUGGAUUUAUCAGUGUCCCAAAGUUUGUGGAAAUUCAGCCCAAUGAUGGGUUUGGAGUUAUACGACCAUUGCAAUCUUUGCCUCUCGAUGUCAUUUUUAAACCCAUCAGAGCAAAGGAAUAUGACUUCCAACUGAAUUGCAUUUCAGAAAUUAACAGAGAAUUUCCACUGUCCAUCAAAGCCAUUGGCGUCCACCCCCCUCUGGAGCUGUCUCACUACCGAAUCAAGUUCAGAGCCACUCCUUUGUUUGACAUGUCGGCAGCUACCCUGUAUGUGAUCAAUUCCCACACCAAUAUGAAUUCCCUGACCCACGCCGUCCCCCGCAUUGGUACUGGAGAUAUCGCGCCGGUGGGACCCACGUCUUUUGAGUUCAUUUUGCCAGACAAGGCCCCCCUCAUGAUCAUACCCUCUGUUGGAACCGUGUGGCCGGGAAAGAAAUGCAUGAUUGAAGUGAUUUUCAAACCGGAGAUUUCAGAGACAACAAUCAAAACAGAAGUCGUGAAAAUGAGGAACAGAAAGCUGGGAGUAAAAACGUCCAAAAAGGAUACAUCCGCAAAGAAAGGGGCACUGAGGAUGCUGUCCACCGCUCCCAUCAAGGCAGCUGUCAGGUGGCUCAAACCCCGCUCUCCUCACAAAAAGGAACGCCGCAAACCUGAAAAAAUUAAGACAGAUUCAGAAGAAUAUGCAAUUGCCAAAGCCACCUUGUCUAAGGAUUUUCAAGAAGAGUUUAAGAAAUAUGUCAUACCAUGUGUUGUUGCCAGUGGAGAUAUUAAAGAAAAGAAAGAAACAGAAUUAAUGUACUUCAGUCCUUAUAACAUACUGUACCUGGAAUUAUAUUGUCCAUCGGUGAAUCCCUCCGUCAUAGUUGCUUCAGACGAUGGGAAAACCUUGUUCAACUUCGGAGACAUUGCAGUUGGGCACAGGGGGAUCAAAAGGAUCACAAUCCAGAACGUUUGCUCAGAAUACCUGGACCUGCAGUUCUCUCUUCUGAAUCCCUAUGGCCCCUUCAUACUACUGUGUCCCUGUCGUGGCCUUCAGCCCAAUGAGAGCCAGGACAUUGUGGUAUCGUUCUCUCCCCGAGAGAGUAACACGUUCUUGGAAAACCUGGAAAUCAUUUCAAAGAAAGGGACCCUGACUCUGAGGAUGCUGGGCAAAGGAGUAGCAUCCACAAUUACCUGCUCUAUUGAAGGAGAUGUCCUGAAUAUGGGAUAUGUUAUUGCCGGAGAGAGUGCCACAACGACAUUUAAACUUCAGAACAGCUCGACGCUCCCUAUCAAAUAUUCCAUCGUUCUGGACAGCCUCUCCCUCAUGAGAAAUAAGGAGCAGCUGCAGAUGCCGGGUUUCAUCGGUAACAAGGAAAGAAAGACCAAUAUCAUUGGUACCCAGAACUACAACGGCCAUUGUGUGUUCAGCGUGUCCCCAACAGAUGGAAUCAUGGAAGCGGGCAAGAUUCAGGACUUCACCUUGACCUUCAGCCCAGACCACGAGAGCCUUUACUAUUCUGACAGGAUGCAGGUGGUGCUGUUCAAUAAGAGAAUCUCCCAUCAGAUCCUCUUGAAAGGGGCUGCACGGGAGCACAUGAUGUUUGUGGAAGGAGGGGACCCCCUGGAUGUGACCGUGGAGUCCCUGGCCAUAAUCCCCUUGGUGUCUGAGGAGGAAAAAAGGGAAGAUACAGAAGAGAUGAAGGCACUUAUCCUGACCCUUGAGUACAUGCAGCAGGACUCUGCAUUCACUCCGGCCACCCGAGAACUGCAAGUGGGCUGCAUCCGUACCACCCAGCCCACUCAGAAAAAGAACAUCGAGUUCAGCAUGGAAAACAUCCAGCUGCUUCAGCAGAAGGGCUUUACGGUGGAGCCCUACAAAGGAACCGUGGAUCGCGGCCAGACCAAGACCAUCACCGUGUCCUGGGUGCCCACGGCCGAUUUUGAUCCUGACAAGCCACUGGUGCUCACCACCUUCCUGACGCUCCGGGGAGACGUGAGGGAGAUCUACAGGAUCGUCUUCAUUGUCCAUGUGGUAUCAGAGUAGGUCAUCGGCAUGGGACUGGGGACUAGGGCCCUCGUCAGCCAGAAGUGUGCUCAGAGGAGCUCUGGACCUGUCCUGCUGGACUUAGUUGCCCACCAGAGUCCUUCCCACGAUCAGUUUUUGUGA